ACCCUGAGUCUCCGAGCCUUUGCUCUGCAAUGUCCCGCCUGCUGCAUGCGGAAGAGUGGGCUGAAGUGAAAGAGCUGGGGGAUCACCAUCGCCAUCCCCAGCCGCACCACCUCCCGCAGCCCCCGCCGCCACAGCCACCUGCGACUCUACCAGCGAGAGAGCAUCCCGUCUACCCGCCCGAGCUGUCCCUUCUGGACAGCACCGACCCACGCGCCUGGCUGGCUCCCACUUUGCAGGGCAUCUGCACGGCACGCGCCGCCCAGUAUUUGCUGCAUUCCCCGGAGCUGGGUGCAUCCGAGGCCGCCGCGCCCCGGGACGAGGCGGACGGCCGUGGGGAGCUGGUAAGGAGGAGCAGCAGCUGUGGCGGCAGCAGCAAAAGUCCCGGGCCGGUAAAAGUGCGGGAACAGCUGUGCAAGCUGAAAGGCGGGGUGGUAGUGGACGAGCUGGGCUGCGGCCGCCAGCGAGCCCCUUCCAGCAAACAGGUGAAUGGGGUGCAGAAGCAGAGACGGCUGGCAGCCAACGCCAGGGAGCGGCGCAGGAUGCACGGGCUGAAUCACGCCUUCGACCAGCUGCGCAACGUUAUCCCGUCGUUCAACAACGACAAAAAGCUGUCCAAAUAUGAGACCCUGCAGAUGGCCCAGAUCUACAUCAACGCCUUGUCUGAGCUGCUACAAACGCCCAGCGGCGGGGAGCAGCAGCAGCCGCCACCAGCCUCCUGCAAAGGUGACCACCACCACCUUCGCGCCACGGCCUCCUACGAAGGUGGCGCGGGCACUGCGACGGCAGCUGGGGCUCAGCCGGCCUCCGCAGGGGGCCAGCGGCCGACUGCGCCCGGGGGUUGCCGGACUCGCUUCUCUGCUCCAGCUACCGCGGGAGGGUACUCGGUACAGCUGGACGCUCUGCACUUCUCGACUUUUGAGGACAGCGCCCUGACGGCGAUGAUGGCACAAAAGAAUCUAUCGCCUUCUCUGCCCGGGAGCAUCCUGCAGCCAGUGCAGGAGGAGAGUAGCAAAACUUCUCCUCGAUCGCACAGAAGCGACGGGGAGUUUUCCCCCCAUUCCCAUUACAGUGACUCGGAUGAGGCCAGUUAGGAAGGUGACAGAACCCCGAAAACUGUUACAGAAACAAAACCGUCCUUUCCCGGUGCGCGGGAAGCCCUGCG